AUGGAUUCAGAUGAGAUUGAAUCUACAAGUUCCGAAGAGGAGGAUCUUUUUGACGUAUUCAAUUUGAGAAAGUCACCGGCGAAACCACAGAAAACCUACUCACGAUCAACGCGACGUAAUGAUAGUCAAGAAUCCCAGUCCAAUUCUUAUCUGUACAAAAUCGACCGAGCUAGUCUAGGUCACGCGUCUUCUACAGAAUCAUCGCCCCAGACAAAGAGGACAAAAGUGCCACCAACUAAGAAACCACGUCUAAAACGUUAUUACAAUAAAUCGAAGUUGGAUGACGAGGAGGAUGACGAAAUACUCAAUAUUCAAGUACCCGCAAUCUUCAAGGACAGUAUAAAAAGUCAAAAGAUUUAUGAGAAACAUCAACAAGUGAAUCAAAGGAUCGAGGAUCGCGAGAGACUAGAAGAAUUACGUGCACAACAAAGAGAAGUACGUCUAAUACGACUAUUGGAAGAGAUGAAUCGGGAAGGGGAAAAGAAAUAUGACUUGGAACGUGAUAGGGCUUAUUUGGAAAGCUUGCUUGUAAAGGAUGAGCAGGCUUUGGAUGGAUAUGGAAUACCUCGUCACUUUUAUGCCCUAAAGAGUGUACAUUUUGAUAAAACUCAAAUACUGAAUUAUGAUUUGGGCAACGAGAUAAGCCGAUCGCUACAGUUUCUAAUUGCUAGAGAUUCUCUGGCUGGUUACGCAAAAGUGAAAAAAGAGUUUAAGUCGUUCAUUUUGAAGGGUUUAUGCCUGACCAACCCUAAAUUUUUACAAAGUUUGGGCCCUUUGGUUCUCUUACAUAGCGAUCCCAUUUUCAAUGAAAAGGAGUUUGAAGAUCUACUUCUGAAGAUAGGAGUGGAUAAUAAAUUGAUACAAAACGAAGAUAAAGUACUACUAAAGGUGGAGAGAAAGACACCUGUAUUGAAGCUUCAAUUGGAAAGGUUGACUUUGUUAUUCAUGACGUAUCUCCAUUGUUCAAUUGAAGUGGAUUUUACAAAAGUGGCUAGAUACUUUUUGCUAGUAGUUUCUGACUAUAAUGCUAACAAGCACGAGUUGCGAAGUUUGACCCUGUUCAUUAAUAGCGUGUUUCCAUUACUAUGUGCUAAAAUUGACAAUGCGCAGGAUCUUGUAACUCGAAUAAUACAGCUCAUCUUCCGAAUUGAGACGAACGUACCUUAUGAUAGCGAUAAGGAAAAGAUCAAGAAAAUGGAUUUAGAAUUGCAUUACAACAUUAUCAAAUUAAUCAAUGUGACUUUUGUAGGGGAUAGGCAAAUUGAUUAUAUCAUCAACGAAUUGAACUUACAAUACUUACUAGGAAGUGAUUACCGAGACAGUGUCCACAGGUUUACUAAACAGAACUUGAUUCAUCAUAUUGCCAACAAGAUAGUCAUCGAAGAUAAUGUCAGGGAUCUCCUCGAAUUGAAUGAUUUACCAACAGCAGACAAAAUUUAUUUAUUCUACUACAAGGUAAAGAUACUACCUUUCAUUUUAGUCAACCCCUUCAAUUUCACACUUGAUCGAGAAAAGAACACCAAAACACUUCGAUCAAUGAAAAGCUCAGUUGAAAGAAUCUUACAAAGCUGCUAUGGAUUGAUACGAGAUUUAGGUUCAAUAAAUGUUGAAAUUGUAAUGACGAGCUUGAAAACUGGUGUUGAUAAAUUUAGUUUCAAUCGAGAAGAAUUGGUGAGAUUUCUAACUAAUAUACACCAAGAUUUAAGUUUACAAUGUGAUAAAUUGGAAAGUGAUUUGAAAUUGGUUAAUCAGGAUUUUUUUUACGGGUGA